ACCCAAGCAAAAACGACCCAAUUUUUUGGGUUAUUUAUCUAGAUUCAGCUCCACGUACAUCUAGAUGCACGUGGACCUGAAUCUAGAUAAAUAACCCAAAAAAUUGGGUCGUUUUUGCUUGGGUAUGGACACAGUUUGAAAGUUUGGUACGGUUACCUAUGCGACAUGCAUCAAAAGACGAACUGCUAUUUCUUUGCAGGUGUCAGCAGGUGAUAGUUAGCUGAAGAAAAAUAAAUAUGAAAAUUCAUGCCCCGUGUCCUUCGAGCCUAUUGACUUUUGUAUUAACAUGCUCUAGUUUAUAUUCUCUUUGGUCCAUCUUUAAUAUUGUUUCCUUCAAGGCUUUAUAACCUUUUAGCUAUUUAGUUUAAUAACGGUCAGCUUCCUUGACAGCAGCUACCUUUCCUGCCUCAUGACCACCUUGAUCGGCAGCAGUGAAUUUUUAAAUCUAAAAGUAACAAAACAGAUACGUAAUAUAUUGUCAGAUGCACGUAAGGCAAAGAUCCAGCAGAAUUUAGUUUUCUAUAUUUUACACACUAUUUGAUAGAGAAUCGCUCGCUGAUCAUGAAUAUGUGUUCCCGGCCUCUCAAAAUCGUUUCCUCGCUGAGAAAAUUGUAAAAUACUAUGAAGAGGUCAAAAAUCCGGUUUUCCACGCCUUUUUUUAAAUUUGAGUUUUCUAAGUUUGGUUACAACUUGGAACGUUCAAAGUCAGAUAUUUUUGUUCAGCGUUGAAAAGUGAACUAGAAUAUGGAAUAAAAGCCUUUAUAUAUCUAAACGACUAUUCGCCAAAGACGUUAAAAGCGAAGCGACUAAAAAACAGGUCUCAUUUUAGCAAAAACGGCAGGUGCUUUCUGGAGAGUCCCGGAGUCAAUAUUUUUACAUAAUUAGAUUUGCCGGAUGCUCCUCUUCAAAGCAACGGCUCGCUUUUUUCAAAAAUUUGUUUCAUUCCUGAGAAAGUACAUUUUUUCUGAAUCACAAGCGAAAAGAUCCGAAUUCUGCCCGUAAUUCUCUAUUUUCUCCAUCAGAACUCAUUUUUUAUGCAAUAAAAAUAUCAUAUUCGGAGUUAGCAUCGAAAACCGAAUCGAAUGAUAUAUGUUUCGAAAUUUUUCGUUCGCCUUACUUAUAAUCCCUUACUUAUAAUCAUCGCAUCUUACUUAUAAUCAAGGUGGCCCUGUCUGUUCCGCCGGCCCUUUCCAGAAAGGAGAUGGAUCACGGACUGGCUUGUUUUAGUAGAGACAGCGACUGUAUAAAUCACUGAUGUUGUCUAUAUCAGCAUCAGCUAGUACAACGGACCGGUGUCAGAACGAAGCGAUAUAACGGUAUUUUGAAUUUUAAGAUCUUCAAAGUUUUUUAAUUUUUUUCACUUAAAAUUUCGAUUGGAAAGGUUAAUACAUCGAUUUCCUUGAUCAGCUCGAUGAGCUGAAUUGAUUACUUUAUUCUGGAAUUUUUUUUGAGUAUUUUAAUCCGGCAUUUUUAAUAUUUUAUAGAGUGCUUACAUUAUUCUUCUUCUACUUCACGUCGCCAGUAUUCUGAACCGUCGCCGUAUUCUGAUCAUUAACUAUUGUUUCCGUUCGCAAAAAAAUGGCUUAGCGAGAUUUUGUGUAAGUUAGGAAAAAGAAACUCAUUCUCGAUUCCACGAAUUGAUCAAUCAUCUAUCAUAUUUCAAAUAUUUUGCCAUCAUUGAUUUCAAACCAGGUUAUUUUCAAGUUUCUCUCGAUCCUAAAGAUCAUUCAAAAACGGCAUUUUCCAGCAGAGAUUAACAUCUUCACUUAACUGUUUUGCCUCAGGCAUUAUUAAUGAACCAUCCACAUCUCAAAGAAUCGUCAACCAAAUAUUAGGACCAACUCAAUGGAAAUAUUCAUUAGCAUACCUAGGUGAUAUUUUCAUUUAUUUUCAAACAUUUGAGGAAGGUCUGUUACACUUGGAUGAUAUUCUCAGGCGUCUCAAUCAAGCAAAUUUCCGUCUCAAUGUUGAUAAACGUAAUUUUGCACAACAAGCCAUUGGUUAUCGUGUUAAUAGUUUUUCGAGAAAUUCUAAGAAUGGUAACUGGCGAAUUUUAUUAGAUGGCAAUGCUCGUUUGUGA